UAGCUUUUCAAUAGUAUAAAAACUUGUCACACAACAUAAAAAGUCAAAACUCCAUCUCCGCACGUCAUAUUCACGUCUCCGUUCCAGUGACCCAAUUCCCCAAAAAAUAUUGUGCAUUACCUAAAUUCCGGCGAGAACAAAUUGUAAAUCCGUCGGACGGAAUGGAAAUCGGAGACGGAGUGAAGUGCUCCAAGGUAUUAGCUUUGGUAGCUAUUUUAUUAUUCAGCUUCGUCGGCGACCUAUCGGCGUUAUCGGUGACGGUAAACGACGUAGAGUGUGUUCAGGAAUACGUGUUGUAUGAAGGCGAUACAAUUUCGGGGAAUUUCGUUGUUGUAGAUCAUGAUAUCUUCUGGAGUUCGGAUCAUCCCGGCAUUGAUUUCACUGUGACAUCGCCUUCAGGAAAUGUCGUGCACACAAUGAAGGGAACAGCUGGUGAUAAGUUUGAGUUCAAGGCCCCAAGGAGUGGGAUGUUCAAUUUCUGUUUUCAUAAUCCACAUUCAUCGCCAGAAACAGUCUCGUUCUACAUACAUAUUGGACACAUUUCCAAUGAACAUGACCUUGCCAAAGAUGAACAUUUGGACCCCGUCAAUGUCAAAAUUGCUGAACUAAGAGAGGCAUUGGAGUCAAUUACAGCAGAGCAGCAUUACUUGAAAGCACGUGAUUCUCGUCAUCGUCGUACUAACCAGAGCACAAGGGACCGUGUUAUAUUUUACACCGUCGCAGAGUAUCUUCUGCUUAUAUUAGCAAGUGGACUACAAGCGAUGUACAUUCGAAGCUUAUUCAGUAAGUCCAUCGGUUAUAAUCGUAUCUGAUGACAAACUUUACAAUGCUGCAUACGGUCUUUUCCCGUUGUCGUCGUCCUACAGGAAGUUAAUUUAGUUGUGUUAGCAGUUGGGGUUGAGAGAAAAGUAUCAUUCUGGCAGAACUAAUUCUGAACUAUUGACUCCAUUCACACAACAGAUCAAAUGUACUAAAGGUACUUUGGAGUUUGGAUUAAAUGUUUUUGACAUUGGUUUAUGUUGUAUUUGAGUAAUUCACAACUUACAAAUUCCAAUUUUUACAAUUAUUUACUAGUA